UACCGCGUAUUCUGUGAGGUCUCUACACAGUACGAGCCACCAACGAAAUUGCUGGCCCAACCAGGAUGCGCAGAGAGUGAUAAAUAUUGAUUAUUUCGGUCUCUGUGCGCAGCGCGGAGGGGAACUUCAGUAGCCUUGAUGAGGACAGCUCCCCUCCGGUCGAUGCUUUGAAGAAAGGGGAGAGCCGAAGUUAUCGCAUCACAAGUCAAGUCUGCAGUAGGCCUAGCAUAAUUAUCAAACGCGCACAGUGGGGAGUGGACUGUCAUCUCCCGUGGGUAGGUGUGUGUGGCACGGGUUUUUCCCAGUAUAGUUGCAUGCCGAAUAUUGUGCGGUGUGGUAAGCUACCCAGUGCAUCGACGAGCGAUGGCGGAAUGUGGAAUGAAGGCGCUGUCUGUCCUGGAGGCGGCCCGCUCACGCUACGAGAGCUUGCAGAUUUCAGAUGAUGUUUUUGGGGAAUCGGGAGAUGACAGUAGCGACAAUCCCUUUUACAGCACUUCGGGUGACUCGAAUUCGGAUAACUGUUGCUUGGAGGCCGGGGAUGAUCAAAGGGCAGGUGAGACUGGGAAUUGUCAAAACGGAGGUCCACCCGGGUCUAUCUCAACGACUCAAGCAGAGGAGGAUGGAUGGAGCGACACACUGCAAGAUAUCACGGUGGCCCCCUACAACGACACAUAUGGCCCUAUCCAGAGAAUGCCAGCCACAGCCACUUGCAUGGACUUCUUCCAGCUCUUUGUGCCCGACAACGCCAUCCAAAACAUGGUGACGCAGACCAACAUGUACGCCAAGAAGUACCAGGAGCGCUUCGGCAGCGACGAGGGCUGGCGGAACGUGACGGCGGCCGAGAUGAAGGCCUUCCUGGGCUUCGUGACUUCCACCAGCGUUCACCGCUGUGAGUCAGUGCUCAGUAUCUGGAGCAGCGGCUUCUUCAGUAACCGCAGCAUUGCACUCAAGAUGAGCCAGGCGCGCUUCGAGAAGAUCCUCAAGUACUUCCAUAUCGUGGCCUUCCGCUCCAGCCACAGCAGCCAUGGCCUCUACAAGAUCCAGCCCUUCCUGGACUCACUGCAGCAGUCGUUCGGCUGCAGCACCUUCCGCCCCUCUCAGACUCAGGUGCUCCAUGAGCCUCUGAUUGAUGAGGACCCGGUGUUCAUCACCACCUGUACGGAGAGAGAGCUGAGGAAGAGGAGGAAGAGGAAAUUCAGUCUGUGGGUCCGCCAAUGCACAUCCACUGGCUUCAUCUGUCAGAUCUAUGUGCAUCUAAAGGAGGGCCAGGGUCCUGAUGGGCUGGCCACCCUGAAAAUCAAGCCUCAGCUCCACAGUAUGGUGGCCAAACAGCUGUGUCAGAACCUCUCAGGCCGCAACAGCAUCAUCUUCACCGGACCCAGCAUCACCAGCCUCAACCUGUACCAGGAGUUUGAGAAACAGGAGAUCUACUGCUGUGGGCUGCUGAGCACCAGGAAGAGUGACUGCACCGGCCUGCCCCAGUCCAUGUUGGUGAACCCUGAGAGCCCCCAGCAGAGGGGCCAGUCCCGCAGCAUGAUGAGAGGUAACACCUCUCUCAUCAGCUGGUACAACAAGGGACACUUCCGCUUCCUUACCAACGCCUACUCACCCACCAAGAAAGGGGUGAUCAUCAAAAGGAAAAGUGGUGAGAUUCCCUGUCCGCUGGCUGUGGAGGCCUUCGCUGCACACCUCAGUUACAUCUGCAAGUAUGACGACAAGUACAGCAAGUAUUUCAUCUUCCACAAGCCAAACAAAACGUGGCAGCAGGUGUUCUGGCUGACCAUCAGCAUGGCCAUAAACAACGCCUAUAUCAUGUACAAGAUGUCCGAUGCCUACCAGAUCAAGCGCUACAGCCGAGCGCAGUUUGGAGAGAGACUGGUGAGGGAGCUACUGGACUUAGACGACUGCUCUCCUACCCAGUGAGGCGACCACAUAAUAUUUGUAAUAUACGCACACACAUACUGUGUACACACACUGUCACACGUACCCACAAACACACACUGUUCAUCACAUGCAAAACACUAACACACACUAACCAAAACACUAAUAGAUUUGUUCUUUACAAUUGUAGACACUGGGAUAGGUAAUUCCUUAAAUGAAACAAUAUUUUAACAGUGCCAAGUCUGGGUUAAAUGGGUUGGGGGACCAAACCUCCAGGUUUGGAGAGCAGGUCUAUAGUUUAGUCGGAACGGUCUAUAGAUUAAAGUUUCUUUACUGAGUGAGGCACAAAGCAGAGCCAUUGUACAGUACACAGUUCUCUAUUGUUAUUGUCACAGGCUGCAUGACAAAAACGCAGUUGGAUAAUGUACUGUUGUUCAAUGUUCAGAUUUCUUUAAAAAAAAUCUGAUUAAAUAUUGUUUCCAUGUAGAGCAAUAUCACUCUGUAAUGUAAAUCUAUGAUCCUAUUCGACCACCUAUGGAGCAACAUCGGGUGUGUUCUCUCCAAGAUAGACCUGAACCACUAAGAAGAAAUACUGUAUGUGUGUAUGUCGGUAGGUAUGUAUGUAUUACAGUACCAGUCAAAGGUUUGGAUGCACCUACUCAUUCAAGGGUUUUUCUUUAUUUGUACAAUUUUCUACUUUGUAGAAUAAUAGUG